UAAUAUGAUGGAACCGAAGCGCUUAAAUAUAUAUCUCGUCAGCUUGGCACCAAUCUGACUUCGCUUCUUUCAACACUCCCACGUCUCCCUACAAUUUGUUACGCAUCAAGAAAACAAGAGAUUACCGCUAAGAGCUCUAGAUCUAGAGAAAAAGCGUCAGUCGGACCAGUGGUAUGAUCUAAGGAUUGCGUGCUUCGAUGCGCAGUUGACAACACCGUACCACCCACCAGCUUACAUCCAUAUUCCUAUUCGUGAUUAUGGCUUCAAAGGCCUGACUCUAAUUCGUGGGGGUUACAAUCUGAAAGAAGAGAGGCGUAUUUUAUGACAGCACUGUAAGAGCCGGUUGUCGACGCCGCUCAAAAGCCUGUCUCUUUUCACGAUACGGCCCAGUCCGUAAUACGGAUAGGGUAGGCGAUACCAACUUAGAGCUUGUGGUAGAGCAAAUCGGGAAGUUGAAGAUUCAAUACUGACAGCCCUCGGAGUUGUCAGUUGACAGUUGAUUAUCCAUUCCUAUUAAUUAUCUUUAUCUUAAAAGUCCUGUUCUCCUCCCCAAGCAAACAUCAUCACUUAGUAUCUCCAUCGAGAAAUAUACCGACGUAUCUUCUAUCCGGGGUCUGGAACAAAUCAAAGAAAGAAUACGGAAUACUCCUUUUAUCUCAUCAGAUCGUAUAACCCCGAAUUUUUAACGGCAAAUAUGGGUUUACUAGCUUUAGGGACGGCUCUUGAUUGGCCGGACGCACAGCAGCAUGCGCAUAAGGUUAGGGAAUGGGGCAUUAAGCAACUCCUAGAGAUUUGGAAUAAGGCUAAGCAUAAGGAACGAGAUGCUAUGUUGUGGGGUGAUGAGAUAGAAUACUUGGUCGUGAAAUACUCCAAGGAUGAUCCUAAAGUUCUCCUUUCGCUUCGGCAAGCCGAUAUUCUCACAGCCUUAGCAGCCGAUGAAGAACUCUCCGAUAAAGGCGGAUGCGUUCCGGCACUACAGGAACUCGAGUCGCAGAGAUCGAAUCCGUUACCCGUGUUCCACCCUGAAUUUGGUAGAUUUAUGCUUGAGGCUACUCCAGGCAAGCCAUGGGGCAUCGGAUUCAAGGAACUUUUGGGCGUCGAGCCCGAUAUGAAAAACAGGAGGAAGAUAGCCAAAGAACACAUGCAGGCUGAAGAAUAUCCCAUUACACUCACAACAUUCCCUCGCCUAGGUGUUCCGGGUGUCUUUACGGAUCCUUACUACCCACCAUCCGGGCCAAAGCUCCGGUCACAAUUCGUGCCGGACGAGAUUGCUAAUCCGCAUAUUCGGUUUCCAACACUAGCGGCGAAUAUCCGCUGGAGGCGCGGGCGGAAGGUUCAGGUAAACGUUCCAGUCUUCCACGAUCAAAAGACGCCAAUUCCUUGGAAGGACCCUACGGUGAACUAUGAUCUGCACAACUGGCCAGAAGACGACGAUGUGAGAAACGGUGCAGCCCCGGACAAUUUUAUCCAUAUGGACGCUAUGGCAUUUGGAAUGGGAAGCUGCUGCUUACAGAUUACAUUUCAGGCGAAGAACAUCAUCGAGGGUAGAAGGAUGUAUGACCAGCUAAGUCCAAUUGGCCCCAUCAUGUUGGCCCUAACGGCGGCGACCCCUAUUUAUAAGGGGUUCCUAGCCGAUACCGAUGUCCGCUGGAACCAAAUCAGCCGAGCCGUAGAUGAUAGAACCCCUGAAGAAUUGGGAGAGAAGCCCCUGAAAAACAGCCGAUGGCGCAUACCUAAAUCGCGUUACGCAUCUAACUCCACUUAUAUAAGUACCGAUGAGCGUCUUCGACAGGAGUACUUCGAUCCUAACCUUGUUAUCGAUGAAGAUAUUAAGGCAGAACUCCUCGAAGGUGGCAUGGACGAUCGCCUUGCGACACACUUUGCGCACCUUUUUAUCCGGGAUCCCAUCGUAAUAUUUAGUGAAGAUCUUAAGGAACUUGACUUAACAAAGGCCGACCAUUUCGAGAACAUCCAGAGUACCAACUGGCAACACAUGCGGUUCAAGCCACCGCCACCGGGUUCUGAUAUUGGCUGGCGAGUCGAGUUUCGCCCGAUGGAGAUCCAGAUCACAGACUUCGAGAACGCGGCUUUUGCCGUCUUCAUGGUUCUAAUAACACGCGCGAUCCUGAGCUUCGACUUGAACUUCUAUAUCCCAAUCGUCAAGGUAGACGAGAAUAUGGAAACCGCCCAUGCUAGGGACGCCGUCCUGGAGAAGAAAUUCCACUUCCGGAAGAACCCAUUCCCAAACAGACAGGCGCGCAGCAGCGCUACGUCCCGUUCGGGUUCGCCCACAGCUAGCCGACCUUCUACACCCUUCGGCCCUGUUGAGGAUGAGUAUACGCUCAUGACGGUCGACGAGAUCAUCAACGGUUCCCAAUCGGACGAGCACAGCUUCCCGGGUCUUAUUCCUAUUGUCGAGAGCUAUCUUGACUCUGUGAAUGUGGACGUACAGACGCGGUGCGAGCUCUCAACGUAUCUCGACCUUAUUCGUAUGCGCGCCAGCGGUGAGCUCUGGACGGCAGCGAAGUGGAUCCGGCAUUUCGUAGACAAGCAUCCCGAGUACAACCACGACAGCGCCGUGACAGACGAGAUCAACAAGAGCCUCGUAAGCGCCGUUAUAGACAUCGGCGAUAGGGAGCAGAAAGGUAUGGGUUGGAAAGGCCUUCCAAUCCCCGACGUAGAGCACCUACUCGGGCGGUUCAGAAGCAGCGGGUGCGGAGAUUCAUAGGCUGAGAGCCAGUUGGGUCAAGUGAGAGGUUUAGACGCCAUGCCAGCAUGGCAUGUCGAGGUUCUCAAACAGGUCGACUACGCAUGCCUGUUUGAUCGCUAUGGCAUUAUGUUGCCGAGGUGCAUACACGAUGGAUUUGUUCGUUGGCGAUUACUUUGCCCCGUAGAUUUCCCACAGGUAUAUACUAUACCGAGCAUAGAAAGCGACUGAUUUUUAAAUUUAUCUUGAACAAGUUGAUGUACCUACUGCGGCUUUGUCGCUAAAAUAAGGGUCGAGUUAUCAUUCAAGUGACAUCUGCUACGUCUAUAGGUAUACUACUCGCGCUUCAAUGACCCAAGUAUAGCUCAAUAUAUUAGUAGCAAGAAA